GUGGGAUGUGGCCCUUGUCUCCACCCAAAAUGCACGUAACGGCCUAAUGGACGGGGAAGGAGGCAGCCCCGGCGGGCGGUAGCGGUGCGGGGCCCUCGGAGCGAGCGCGAUCGUCCUCGGCGGGAUUUGUCGGAAGGACGAAGAGUGCGGACAGUCCAGCAGAAUCCCAGAUACCUCCUGAACCCGAACAGGACUUGAGCGCCAUGUCUCAGCAGCUUCUCUACCGGGCUCUGGUGUCGGCCAAAUGGGUCUCAGAAGCCAUCAAAUCCCCUCAAGCUGGGCUGGCUGUGCGGCUCCUGGACGCCUCCUGGUACCUCCCCAAAAUGAAGCGCAACCCCCGGAGCGAGUUUGAGGAGCGCCACAUCCCCGGAGCGUCUUUCUUCGACAUUGACCAGUGCAGCGACCGCACUUCGCCGUACGACCACAUGCUCCCCGGCCCAGCGGCUUUUGCAGAGUACGUGAGCAAACUGGGGGUUGGCAGCGACUCCCAUGUCGUGGUCUAUGACGCAAGUGACCAGGGCUCUUUCUCUGCCCCUCGCGUCUGGUGGAUGUUCCGGGCCUUUGGGCAUGACGCCGUUUCCGUCCUAGAUGGCGGGCUGAAGAACUGGCUGCGCGAGGGGCAUCCCGUCAGCUCUGGGAAGAGCCGGCCUGUCCCCGCAGAAUUCCAUGCCUCUCUGGACAGAUUGCUAGUGAAAGCCCACGAGGAUGUUAAGGAGAACAUUGAGGCCCAACGCUUCCAGGUGGUGGAUGCUCGGUCAGCUGGGAGGUUCACUGGGACGGAGGCAGAACCUCGGGAAGGAAUUGAACCUGGUCACAUCCCUGGCUCGGUGAACAUCCCUUUCACUGACUUCCUGACCGAGUCUGGCUUGGAGAAGAGUCCAGAGGACAUCCGCAGCUUGUUUCAGGAGAAGAAAGUGGAUCUCUCCAAGCCCCUGGUGGCCACUUGCGGUUCAGGGGUCACAGCCUGCCACGUGGCUCUGGGGGCGUAUCUGUGUGGCAAGGCUGACGUGGCCAUUUAUGAUGGCGCUUGGGUGGAGUGGUUCAUGCGGGCACAGCCUGAGCACAUCAUCUCACAAGGGAAGGGGAAGAGCCUGUGAGUUUUUGGCCUCUCACCUCAACAAGGGGCAGAAACAUUGCCUUGUACAAGGGAAGGGGCUGGCCUUCAAAAAUCCUGUCUUAAGAUGUUCUUGCCAAUGUGUGAAGCAUUUCAACAGGAAAUAUGGGGUUCCGCUGUCCCUUUUUUGGGCAUGAAUGAUGUCCUUUGUUCACUGCUGCUUGUCUGGGUGGAAGAAUGCACUGAUCAUGGUAUGGCAAAAUAAGGGUUUCAGGUUGCACAAAUGAGUUGUGGAAGUCCAGUCACAUUGGCCAAACCACAGGAAAGGGUUACUUACGGAAUCCAGCGAGCACUUUGACCGUGGCAAAUUAUUUCAUCUGACUACACAGUACCAAUCAUUUCUCCCUUGUGAACUGAAAUCUGUUUUACUUUUUUUAAAAAAAGUGAAUUCUGAUUUUUUUUAAAAUUAAAAGCAUCUUAAGGUA